GAAGCCAUAUUCCCAUAAUGGGUUUUAACGUAUCCUCCAUUAAAACAUCUUCAGAUGGAAUAUGGCAAGGAGAAAAUCCUUUACACUAUGCUUUCCCAUUGUUAAUCAUUCAAACCACUUUAGUUGUCUUCCUCAGUCGCUGCCUUACUUUCCUCCUCAAGCCCCUCCGGCAACCCAAAGUCGUCGCUGAGAUCCUUGCUGGGAUUAUGCUUGGACCAUCAGCUUUUGGUAGGAACGAAGUCUUCACACGCUUGAUUUUUCCAACAUGGAGCAUUCCGAUUCUUGAAUCUGUAUCAAGCAUAGGGCUCUUAUUCUUCUUGUUCCUUGUUGGCCUAGAACUAGACUUGAAAACCAUACGUAAAAGUGGAAAAAGAGCUGCUGGAAUAGCUUUUGCAGGAAUUUCUCUGCCCUUUAUUUUUGGCAUUGGAGUUGCUUUUCUUCUAAGGAAAGUAAUCAAAGGGGUUGAUAGAGUUGGUUAUGGAGAAUUUUUCAUAUUUAUCGGAGUUUCACUUUCAAUCACCGCCUUCCCUGUUCUUGCUCGAAUCCUCGCAGAACUAAGGUUACUUACUACACAAGUAGGUGAAAUAGCCAUGGCUGCAGCUGCCUUCAAUGAUGUUGCAGCAUGGAUCUUACUUGCUCUCGCAGUUGCUCUAGCUGGAGGAGGAAAAUCACAUAAUAGUCCUUUAAUUUCCCUUUGGGUUCUUUUAUCUGGAUUUGGAUUUGUGGUUUUUAUGUUCACUAUUAUUAGGCCAAUAAUGAAUUGGAUGGCAAGAAAAGCUUCAUGUGGUCACCAUAUUGUGGAGGAAACUUACAUAUGUUUAACCCUAGCUGGAGUAAUGUUGUUUGGUUUUAUGACUGAUCUUAUAGGUAUACAUGCAAUAUUUGGAGCAUUUAUAUUUGGAUUAACAAUUCCAAAAAGUGGAGAUUUUGGAGGAAGGUUAAUCUUGAGAAUUGAAGAUUUUGUUUCUGGAUUAUUAUUGCCACUUUAUUUUGCUUCAAGUGGAAUAAAAACUGAUAUAACUAAAAUUCAUAGUCUUGGAUCUUGGGGACUUGUUGUGCUUGUUGUGUCCACAGCUUGUGUAGGGAAGGUUUUGGGAACAUUUAUUGUGGGCAUGUUAUAUUCUAUACCAGUGAGAGAAGCCUUUACACUUGGAAUUUUGAUGAACACAAAAGGAUUAGUGGAGCUCAUAGUUCUCAAUAUUGGCAAAGAGAAAAAGGUUUUGGAUGAUGAGACGUUUGCAAUAUUGGUGGUUAUGGCACUCUUUACAACCUUCAUCACAACUCCUGCAGUAAUGGCUAUUCACAAACCCUCAAUACACCAACUUCAACUCAAAAAGUUACCAAAUAAAACCAAAGAAAACAAUCUCAGAAUUCUAGCUUGCAUUCGUGGCCCUAGAGACGCACGUUCACUCAUAACCCUCAUUGAAUCACUAAGAUCUAACAAAAAUAAUAAUUCUUCAGUUACCAAACUCUACGUAAUGCAGCUCGUUGAAUUCAGCGAUCGACUCUCCUCGAUCCUGAUGGUUCAACGUGCCCGAAAGAACGGUUUUCCGUUCAUCGGUCGUGUACUCCGGCGAGACGACACGACCGAUCAAGUGGCCACGGCGUUCGAGGCAUAUAGUCAGUUAGGUCGGGUCAAGGUCCGACCUACGAUGGCUAUCUCAGCUUUGCCAAAUUUGCAUGAGGAUAUUAUUCAUGUUGCGGAGAAGAAACGAGCUGAAAUUAUUGUUUUGCCAUUUCAUAAACAUUGGCAAAUGGAAGGAGAAGAAGAAAUGGAGAUUCAUGCAGGGCACGGAUGGAGAACGGUGAAUGAGAAGGUGACGAGACGAGCGCCGUGCGCAGUGGCGGUGCUGGUUGAUCGUGGAUUAGAAGUGAAUGGGAUGAAUUCCGUGAGAGUUUGCAUUGUGUUCUUAGGUGGAGCUGAUUGUCGAAAGGCUAUGGAAUUUGGUAGCAGAAUGGUUGAACAUCCAGCUGUUAGGGUUACAUUAGUAAGAUUCAUUCAACAUAUUGGGAGUAAUUUUGAUGAAGUUGAAAGGACUUUGGACGAUACUACAAUUGCAGAUUUCAAGAUAAGGUGGGAUAAACAAACUGUAUAUGCUGAGAAAGAAGCAAGUGACGAAUUGGUGGAACAAGUAUUGGAAAUAGGGAAAAGUGGGGAAUUUGAGCUGAUAAUAGUAGGAAAAGGCAAGUUCCCACAAGGUAUAAUGGCAAAACUAUUUGAAAACCCAUUAACUGAUCAGCAUUCAGAAUUGGGGCCAAUGGCUAAUAUAUUGGCUUCCUCUGGCAAAGAGAUAAAAAGCUCUGUCCUAAUGAUUCAACAACAAGCUUUUGGCUGUGAAAAUAGUAAGGAUGUCAAUUCAAAAGUGGCUAGCCAAUGUUAAAAACCUGUUAAGAUGGUGUGACUCAUUUGGUAAUUAGAGGGGAUUAUCAAAUGUUAGUAUUUAACUGUUGAAUUGAAGAAAAUACUCUUCAAAUAGUUGUUGUCUCCAUGUGUAGAAUGAAUAAAUGAAUAAUCUCAAUCUUUGUCUAAA